AUGAGAUACAGAAAUCUCCUACCACACCCUACUUCUCAGCCUCCUUCCACGACACUGACACCUUCAGAUUUGAAUCCCCAGUCGCCUUACAAAAUGGGAGGCAUUGAAUAUCUAGCUGAGUCAAGUAAGAGUCGUCGAGCUAGAGCAGUAGGAGUGGUCAAUAAGAUUGGAAGGGCCCUUUCGAUUACAAGAGCUAAAGAGAAAUUCACUGUGACCCGGGAGAAUGGUCCAUUCAUCAAGCCUAUCUCAGAGAGAAGAGAAUGGGCAGAGUCGAGAAUUGCGUUGGCUCGUGGCAAGAGCAAUGAGGGAGGAGAUCAUGUACCCCCACCGGGGAGAUCCAAUCAGAUCAAACCGUUGAGACAUAAUCUCACUGGUCCAAGGAUGACUCCUUUGAGGAGUGAAAUCGUCCCAAUACCAGGUCGACAUAGAUCUAUCGACGAAUUAAGCCAUUCCAAAGCGCCUCAACUGCCUUUGCGGUCAAGGCAAUCUUGGCAGUCUGAUACAUUCCUCUCAGACCCUCCGCGCCUCAGUCAGUCCACUCACACCCCGAUUCACUCGCUGUACAAUUCUCAAUGGAACCACUCUCGUCAAGCUUUGUCCUUGUUUGAUAUACCUCUUACCUCUUCGUAUGAUUCGACCAAUGACGAUAUCGGGGGGUUUCCUCUUGAUCCUCCAGCUUCUGAGUUGGGAUCUUUACGACCCUAUCAGCCCUCGAGUCUCAGUGCGCAUGAUACGGGAGCCGCAGUUGGCGGUAGAUCAGACCUUCAUACGGUACCUCCUCCUGGUAACAUUGCCGAUAACUUUACAAGUAGUACCGCGAUCAAAUUCAACGGGAAUGGAUGGCAGACUCCUGGUUCACCUAAAAGACCGUUACCUACUCCACCAUCUCUAAUCGUAACACCGAUUCGACGACAAGGACGACAACGACGACGAAAGGCUGUUCCAUCAUUCAACGAUUCCAGUGAUUCAUUACUCACGUCUCCUUCUACACCCAAGGCACCGUGGCAGCCGCUGAAAAUGACCCGCGGUGCUCCUCUACUACAGAUGAACGAGACUGUCAACAAUGGCAAUGACAAGGGCAUAUUUGACACUCCUCCUACACCAAACUUCGGGUCGAUAGCACCUCCGUCCCCUAUUCCAUCGAUAUCCACCGUGGGCUGGUGGAACUCACCUGAAAAUUCUUUUGAAGAAGGACAAGAUCAUUUAUAUGAUGAAGUAUUGACAAGUUGGAAUCUACCUCCCUUAUCAAGAUCAAGUUCACUCACAUUUGACAAAGUACCUCAUCAACAAACCAUUCAUCCUCUCACACUCAAAAAGGACAAAUUAUCUAGAUCAACUGGAUCUCUCAACACAAAGUAUGUUCCAGUAACUCAAAAAGAAGUUAAACCUCCGCCUACAUUCUACCCUAGCGGAAGGAGCUUUGAGCCUAUCCGAUCAACUUGUUCCACUGGAUUUUUGCGGGUUCAGGGGGAGAAGGAGGAUGUCAGUCAAAGGAAGAUAUCGGGAAAGAUCAAAACAGCAAUCGAGGUAUUCGAAGGUAAAAGAGAUCCAAGUGCGAGUCCUCCGACACCCUUCAAAGAAAUGGCCAAACUUCUCAAACGCAAACCGUCAAAUUCUUCCAUGAGGUUACAGGAAGAGACCAGGAGGAUGAUGGCCGAAGCAAGGGAGAGGAAGUUGAACCCCAAGGCGAGAUCUAGGUCUCAAGACUGGGUCCGGUCGAUCAUUGGACACCUUUGA